AUGUCAUCCCAAUCAACCAACACCGCCUUCACAGCCCCCAUAAACCCCACCGGGCAAACCCCCCUCACGCUCCCCCAGAUCUGGAGCGCCCUUCGACUCAAGAUCCGCUCAGCAGAAACCUUCGUCCCAGGCGGCAUCUCAUCCACCACCGUCCUCUCCUCAUCCAUCUCCCCCGAGACCAAAAACGAAGUGACCGUCCGCGAAGUCGUAUUCACCGGCGAAGUCACCGCGGGGCAAAAGAAGGCAACGGAGACAGUCACCUUGUUUGAGGGCUCGAGGGUGGAAUUCGUGCAGCCGAACGGCAGCAAGGUGCAGAACAUCGUUAGUGAGGGAGAGGAUGGACAGCUGUAUAUGACGUAUGUUUUUGAGUGGAUGCAUCCGGGGGCGAGUGAGGAGGAGAUGAAGGAGUUUGCGGAGAAGGAGAGGAAGGGGGCGAGGAUGGCGGUUCUGGGGACGAUUGAUGUGAUGAGGAAGUUGGCGGGGGAUGGGAAGCUGUGA